UACAGGUGUGAGCCACCGCGCCCGGUAAGGUUGGUCAUUUUUAGAGAGUUGGUUCCCUGAAGCUCCCAGUCAUUCACAGGUCCUCUGCCCUGUCCCCUGUCCACAUUGAGGCCGGGAGGGCCGCAGGGAAGGACCUGUCCAGUAUGUCCAGUAUGGUCGCAGCUCUUCCCAGGAGGGAACCCGUGUCUUCCAAAAGUUUUCUUUCCCCUCCUCUGGCCAUUCCAGGCUGAAGGAAUGAAAACUCCCUCUCCCUAGGCUGGAAAACAGGUAAGUGACAUGUAAUUUAUGAGCCCAAAGUGCUUAAGUCCUAUGUGCACAAAGGGGCCGGGUAAAUAUUUAAAGAUUAGAGCCAGCUGGGGAGAAACACAAAAGGCUGGGGCAAUGGGGGUCGCUCUGAAUUCACUGUCCCUGAACUGGGCCAGGUCAGCAUUGAUGCACUCACUGGAAUCCCGACCUUUGUCUUCUGAAGGGCCCUUGGCUGCUGGGCUAUUGGGAGUCCCCACACAGCUAAAGAGAGUUAAACAAUCGCAGCCUCUCCAACCACAUCUGGAGACAAUUCGCUGAGUCAUUUCAAAGCUUUUGCUGUGUCCCAAUAGUUAAUUACAAGGAGCAAUCACUUCAUUCCACUUUGAAAUGCAUCUGCAGAGGGGGACAGCAGACUUCUCCCUCCAGUCACCUGCAUCCACAGUAGCCUGCGCAGCCCUCACCAGUUAGCACUGGUUCAAGCCCGUGGAAGUGCAGAAUGGAAGGGGCUCCCACCUGGAGCCACAGGGUACCCACCGCUAUCCUCUGGGAUGGGCCGCAGAUAGGGCUCUUGUCCUGGGGCCCAAAAACCUCUCCCCACUUGGUUCCAGACCUGACAUAAUAUUCUUUCUUUUGUCAAAGUCAACAACAAAACCAAAUGAGGGAAGGGGUGGCACAGACACUUGUCACUUUCUGUAUUAAAUUCCCCCGCAUGAGACGGGGGGCCCUGAGCAGCCUUGGAGGCCCCAAGCACCCUCAGGAGUUAGAGAAGGAAGUUUUUUCUCCUUGAAUGAGCAGAGGGGGGCCUGGGUCUCCCCACUUCUCCUCCUGGACCUGUGCUCCUUUCCAGGCUGCCUUGGGGACCCUAGAUGCUAAAGAUGGAAAGGGAGUUGGUGGCCUACAUCCUGGCUUGCGUAAGCCCCGCUUCUAAGUUGGGCCAUGCCCUUCCUGGCAGCCGGAGAGCGCUUUGUCCUGCUUGCCCUCAGAGGACAGGGUGAACCCACUGCCGCUCUCCCUCCAGCUCUGAAAAUACAUCCUGGUUGCUGUGAGCCCCUUUGGAGCCAGGCCUGCCUGAGGCUGUGAUAGGAUGUCCAGACUCAGGGCUUGUAAUCGUAGUAGGAGGCUGGGAUGGAGGGUGGACCCCAAGUCCUUAGCCUGGGUUUCGGGGAAGGGUCCCUGUAGAAGCUAAUCUGCUGUCUUUCCCAAAAUGACCUUGCAGAGGUAAAGCACAAUGACUUUAACUUAGUAGAGGAAGUGGCUGCCCAGAGAGAGGAGCAAGAACUGGGAGUAAGGUGGGGAUGGUAGGGAGAAACCUGGCUCAGAGCUGGGAAAAGGGGCGGGUGGAAAUUGCACCAAGACCUCUCCCCACCUUGAUCCUACACGACCGUCAGCCAGUGUAAGGCGAGUAGCAGGCCAAGGAGGCUGUAAUGGAGGAGCCACGGGGUGGGAGCGCCAGAAAGGAGGAGGAUCAUUCAAGGGUUUCCAGAGUCCAGAGGGUCUCAUUGACAUGUAAAUGAGGGUCCCCUAUAAAGACGGCGCUGCCUCCCACUGGUUCGAGGACAGCAACAUGGGGACGGAGCCUGCCACCCGGGGCAGCCUCCCCAGCGGCUUCCGAAAGAUCUCCAAGCCGCUGAUGGAGAAGAAGCGCCGGGCACGCAUCAACGUGUCGCUGGAGCAGCUCAAAUCGCUGCUGGAGAAACACUACUCGCACCAGAUCCAGAAGCGCAAGUUGGAGAAGGCCGACAUCCUGGAGUUGAGCGUGAAGUACAUGAAAAGUCUUCAGAAUUCCUUGCAAGGGCUCUGGCCGGUGCCCAGCGGAGCCGAGCACCCGUCGGGCUUCCGCAGCUGCCUGCCCGGCGUGAGCCAGUUCGUUCGGCGCGGAGAUGAGGGCGGCGGCGGCCUGCGCUGCCCCCUGGUGCCCGAGCGCGCCAUCGGCAGCACCAUGGACAGCGCCGGGCCCGGCCGGGAGGCGCCCGGGCUGUGCGGCCCCUGCACCCCCGCGGUCUGGGCUCCUGCUCCGGCUGCCGGCGGCUCGCGGUCCCCACCACCUCCCCCGCUUCCCUCCGGAAGUCUCCCCGGCUCAUUCUCCAGCGUCCCCCCGCCGCAGCCAGCGUCGAGUCGCUGCGCCGAGAGCCCCGGGCUGGGCCUGCGCGUGUGGCGGCCCUGGUGAAGCCCCAGGAUGGCGGGGACUGAAGGCGCUCCCUAUCUGGUCUGGGGACACAGGGACUAUUUUGAACACGCCCACAGUGACUGCCGGGAGCCCCUAGUUGUCCAUUCUGGUCCUGGGGCGGGGGUGGCUUGGAGAGGACCGCGCACCCGCCAGCGCAGGGAAGUACCCCGAGCCCUGCAGGACUGGGUCUGCACAUAAUCCACCCCCACUCCAGUUCCAUCUACACAUGCCGGACCGCUCACUCUCGACCCAUCCUCCGGAGGGAGUGGGAGGGGGUGUCCUGGGCUGCGCCUCUUUCCAAGGGGCCCCUGACGGGUAGCCCUCCCGCCCCACCCCCGCUCGGCUGCCGCGCCGCGGUGGGAAGGUCGCAGUUGGCAGCAGUGCAGAGGG